CGUUCGUCAUUUCAUUCGCGCUUUGGUAAAUCUGUGUAUUAUUUUGUGCGUGUUAAUUUAAAAAGACAUCAGACAAUAAUUGUAGUAAAAUAAAUAUAUACAAUUUUAUUUGCUGUAAUCCAUAAAAUUUGUGUUGUGGUGUUGUAUGUGACGACGGAUGAUACUUUUAUUAUUGAUAUAAAUCUUCAGAAUGAUUGCAUUAACGGACGACGUAUACAGAUUAUUCGAUGGCGUCACAGAGGAAGUAUCCCGGAGCGUCCGUCACCUGAUGCAGCAGCUAUGGCUAAACUGGUCCCACGUCGGUGUGGAGUACGACAUGAAGGUCAACAACAUAUACAAGCUGGUGCAGAUUGAGAAGGACUUUCACAGUGAUGUGUUGGAUGAAACUAAACAGAAACUUGAGACCAUGCAACAGCAAGUUGAAGAAUUAAAAGAAGAGACCAAGAAGUUGAGCCAGUACCUGUCUGUAGACAUCAGUAUUUUAGAGUACAAAGAGGACAUGAUGCUGUUUGAGUAUAAGAAAGAGUUGGAAGACCAGAUUACAGGAUACAGAGAACAAAUGGAGCAGAGGCGCACAGAAAUCAACCGGCUGCUGGAAUGGCAGCAUGAUCUCACCGAGAAACUCGGAGUCACCUUCCAUGAGCUGCAAGACAUCCCGCUUCCGCCCCAAGACGAGUUGGACAAGUUGAGGAACCAUCUUGAAGUGCUGCAGUCAGAGAGAGACAAGCGAGCUGAGAUAUUCCUGCACACGCAGAUUGAAAUUAAGGAUAUCAUGGAGAAACUCCAAAUCAGACCACAGAGCAAGUUCGAGCAUGUGGUGGUCAGCUCCCUGUCUGUGGACUUCAAGGUGACAGAUCUGAACAUGGACCGCCUGGCCAAACUGCGGCAGGACUUGCAGGAAAAGUACGACCAGACCAACAACCGGGUAUUAGAGCUACGCGAGCGUCUGUCCAAACUAUGGGAGUGCCUGGACGAGGACCAGAUAUACAGAGACAACUUCCUGCAAGCGCACCCUGGCUGCCAUCCUGCCACCGAAGCUGCCAUCAAGGAGGAGAUCAAACGAUGCGAGCAGAUCAAGAGGCAGAAGAUUCAGGUGUUUGUAGCAAACAUGCGUACAAAGAUCAAGCUAAUGUGGGACAACAUCAUGUACUCGAGUCGGCAGCGAAAAGAGUUCGUCCACUACUUCCAGGACAUCUUCACUGAAGACACCCUCACACUGCAUGAGAUGUAUCUGGAUAAAAUUACUAAAUACUACAAUGAACACAAGCACAUUUUCGAGCUGGUGGUGACUCGCAAGAACCUCUGGUUGAAGCAAGCCGAGCUGGACGCGCGCGCCUCCGAGCCCGGCCGCUACCACAACCGAGGGGGCUGAGGGAGGAAACCGAGAAAAGCUAUUGAACAGAAUCUCCCGAAAAUUGAGGCCCAAAUUCGUGAAACAGUAACAGAGUACGAGGCAAGGACUGGCAGCACUUUCACCGUAGACGGUGUACCUCUUCUGCAGCUCAUCGAGGACGAAAAGGAGUCGAGAAAAGCUGAGCGCCACAACAAACUGUCAGCACGCAAGCAGGCACUAACGCCCACCAACAGCAACGCGCUGUUCCGCUCGCUCGCGACGUCCCCGCGCGGCAAACGCAACCGCACCGCUGCGCAGCUCGCCCUUACCGCUGAGAAGAACAGGCCGCCGUCGAAGCGCCAACUCAUCACGGGCAGCGCCACCAAAGCUGUGUCGGCGCUCACACACAACCUGUCUGCGUUGAAGAGGUCCGCCAUUUCUACUGUUAAAAGGCGAGUCAGCGGCCGACUAGCCACGAAAGCCAUCGUUGCGAAGGCGGAGAACCACGGCGCCACCGUAAAGAGGAAGCUGGACUACGGAGCGGACGCCCCGAAGACGCCCAAAGCGAACGGCAGCAUCCUCAAGCAUAAGCGAUCGUCCGUCGGCAAGCGGCGCAGCGCCGGCCGCCGCUCCACCGGCCGCACCGCGGCGUCUUCAGAGGCCACCAAGAACCCGCUCAUGGAGACCACACAGCUCACUACAUACACUGAUUUCAAGGAAGGCAUCGACGAGAAGAAAAUAAGCCGUAGCUCCAUGGUCCCGAAGCCCCCGGACAGCAUCCCCAUGGUCGUGUGCGACGCCAUCGAGGAGCACAACUCCCCCUAUCAAAAAAAAAGUCCAACCAAAUCGGCGGCCAUGACCCCGAAAACCGGCAAGGAAAAUAGACAGCACGCCGUACAUCUAACACCUAAGACUAAUCUCAUGUACACGCCCACCAGACUCACUAGAUCGGCUUUAAAACUGAAUAAUGAUGGAUUCGCCACCCCUCGCGCACCGCUCAGCGCCGCCAAGCAAAACAUGCACAGAACCAACUCGAACAACAACCUCGCUUUCAAAAAUACUCCAAAUAGUGUGGUACGAUCCAAAACACAAACAGGUCUUGUUACAACCGCUAAGCCUUUUGUUUAAUAUAGUACCAUCCUUUAGAUAAAACACUUACGAAGUAGCAGUGUAUUUAUUGAAAAAGAUGGCAGUGAGACUACACUUAACCUAAUUUUGUACUGAAUUUAACUAUGGAAAUGGCGUGUGCACAUCAUAGUUAUGUUAAUGCCUUAUAUAUUAUUAUAGCGAUAAAAUGUUGUAGACUGGUGAUAAUUUUAUACCUUAUACCCUCUGACUACUGUUUGAUGUAAAUAUUUGAAUCUCUUAUUAAUUUUAAAAUAAUAUAAUUUAAUUUUAACUAUAAAACUCCCGUGAAACCGCGUUCACGUUUUUAAAUAUAAUUUAAUAUUAAUGUAAUUUUGCGCGUUUAAUUAUGAGAAGUUUAAUUUGUUUAUGAGUCCAAUUAAGUUAGUUAUAAUGUUUAAUUUUGUGUCAUUUUACUUUUGACUUUGUAUUUCGGAUUAUAUAAUUAUUAUUGGAUAUCAUGUUCAAUUAUUUCAAUAUGUUUAUGCCAUUAUGAUCAGUAACGAUCAACUGGAAUUUGUCGUUAGUUUGAAGUCUCGUUACAGUAAGAGCAGCUUUUAGUUAAGGGUGUUGCUUCUUAUACGUUAUGGUUGUAGCGUACUUAAUAUUAUUCAGUAUUCAAUGUGUAUAGGACAUUAUUAAAGGUUGUUGUUAAGGCCGAUGCAAUAUAUCUGCCGAAAGCCAUGCUUAGCUGUGUCGAAAAUAACCGGCAGACUAUCC